GAAGCUCUUCUGCUGUUGCCUCUGCUCUGGUCGCCCGCUGAUCGCUCGUGGUGUCCGGCGGGUGGAGUUUGGCCGCAGUCGGCGAGACAAAGGCAGAGAGGGAUGGACGGGGGAAGCGGUGCCGUGUCGGCCCUGGAUGCACGGUGACUGAAGGUUGGUCAGAUGUUGACACCCAGCAGCGGAGACCCCGGAUCUUCAACAGACGAGGGAAACACCUGCAGAGCCCGGUUGUUUUUGUUACAUUGUUUGCAUCUCUGCCGUCAGCGGGAAUUCAUUCUCUGAAAUACCAAAAGGACAUCUGCGGCAAGGACAGGACACGGAUAUUUCUUUUCCUCCCUCUCUCGUUCUCUUCUUUUUAUUAGACUUUGAACUCAUCCCAGUUUUCAGUAGACCAAUGAAAUCUGAGGAAAAUGCCCUAAGGGGCAGGGUGAAGAUGUCUGGUUGCUUUUGGAUUGAUUUUCCAGUAAAUGUCUGGAGAAGCCCUGUUCUCUGAUGAUAUCAAUGAGGGCAUUUUCGUGACAAAUCCCCACCGGGGCCACUUGGGUCCAGACUGUGGAGACCUGUACUUACAGGAACUCUAAUCUCUAACUUAAAAAAAAUAUAUAUGUAAAUAUAAAUAAUAGCCCCUUCUUACGUCAGGAUGGAGCUCUUCUUCAACCCUUUUGAUAAUUUGCUGUGCAUUCUGCUGGGCAUCUCCUUCACUGUAUGGGUCACCCUGCUUCUGGUAUUCAUUAUUGUUCCGGCCAUUUUUGGGGUGUCAUUUGGCAUCAGGCGGCUUUAUAUGAAGACUUUGUUGAAGAUCUUUGAGUGGGCCACACUUAGGAUAGAGAGGGGAGCCAAAGAGAAAAAUCAUCACCUGUACAAACCUUACUCCAACGCUAUAAUCGCUAAGGAGCCCACCUCCUUGGAGGAGGAGAUCAAGGAGAUCCGGCGGAGCGGCAGCAACAAAGACCUGGACUCUGCCUCGGAGUUCGAGAUGUCCGACAUCUUCUACUUCGCUCGGCGAGGCGUGGAGAGCAUCAUGGACGAUGAGGUGACCAAGCGCUUUUCUGCUGAGGAGCUGGAGUCCUGGAACCUGCUGACUCGCAGCAACAACAACUUUCACUACAUCAGCCUGAGGCUGACCGUCCUGUGGGGGCUGGGCCUCCUGAUCCGCUACGGGAUCCUGCUGCCUCUCAGGGUAACGCUUGCCUUCACUGGUGUAAGCCUGCUGGUGUUCCUCACCUCUCUAAUUGGACUCCUGCAAAAUGGAAGAAUGAAAAACGUCCUCAGUGAGAAAGUCCAUCUGAUGUGCUACAGAAUAUGUGUCAGAGCUCUCACUGCCAUUAUAACCUAUCAUGACAGUGAGAAUAAACCCAAAAAUGGAGGCAUCUGUGUCGCUAACCACACUUCACCCAUUGAUGUUAUCAUCCUGGCCAGCGACGGCUGCUACGCAAUGGUUGGCCAGAUUCACGGUGGACUGAUGGGGCUUAUUCAGCGAGCCAUGGUCAAGGCCUGCCCUCACAUUUGGUUCGAGCGCUCAGAAGUCAAAGACAGACACCUAGUGGCCAAACGGCUGAGCAAUCACAUACAAGAUAAAUCUAAACUGCCGAUCCUCAUUUUCCCAGAAGGGACCUGCAUAAACAAUACAUCAGUUAUGAUGUUUAAGAAGGGAAGUUUUGAUAUCGGUGCCACAGUCUAUCCUGUGGCUAUUAAGUAUGAUCCUCGGUUUGGAGAUGCCUUCUGGAAUAGCAGCAAGUUUGGAAUGGUCAGCUACCUUUUACGUAUGAUGAGCAGCUGGGCCAUCGUCUGCAGCGUGUGGUACCUUCCUCCCAUGUCAAGAGAGGAAGGAGAAGACGCCGUUCAGUUUGCCAAUCGUGUAAAAUCGGCCAUAGCCAGGAAGGGUGGACUGGUUGACCUCCUGUGGGACGGAGGUUUAAAGCGCGAAAAGGUAAAAGAUACCUUUAAAGAAGAGCAGCAAAAGCUGUACAGCAAAAUGCUCGUAGGCACCCAAGAGGACCGCAGCCGUUCCUGAGGGUACUCCCAGCAGGUGGACUGACUCAGAGACCGCUCUGGACGCCGCUGGCUGAGCAGGCAGACAGCGGUGACCCGUCAGGUGGAGCCGCUGCACCAGAUUGUCCUCUCCUUGAUGUCAACGAUACUCCAUCUGGCUUCUCCAGUCACUGCCUCAGCCUGGCAUGUAAAGUUGCAUCACUGUUGUGGGAUAUUCGCCCAGCCCACCCCACCCCUUCGCCGCCACGUUGGAAUAGCUCGAUAAAAGCCUUGCUAGCUGUAGAAAAGGAAGGCCCGGCGUGAAGAGAAAGACUUCCUCUUGUGUCUUUUUUUUCUUUCGAGGAGGAAACAAAUAGUCAUCUAUAUUUGACUUCUGUUUUUGUUUUGUUACAACUUGCUUUUAAAAAGCUUUAUUGUGUCACCUUGCGUUGAAGUUUCAGGAGGUGUUGUACCUGGAAUGUAGAAGAGCGAUAAUGUAGAUGGAAUCUAGCGUGUUCUAAUCUGAUAACCUGAGGAUGACUUGUUAAAUGGCGGGCGCCUACACUACAGGGCAAAACUUUGUUACAUUCUAGAUAUUUUUAUGUGCUUUUUGUCCAGGAGGAAAGCAAAACAAAUCUUGUAUGAGAAGAUUUCUAUUUUACAUUAUGACAUACAUCAACAUGUUGUUUCGUGUCAGAGCAGGAAAGCUUCCCGUUUGUGUGUUUUCCAUGGAAUGUGAGAGAGCUCACAAUAUGAAGUGGAAACUGUCCACCUACAGCUACGAUUAUGCAGGCAUAUUGAUUUUUAAGCAGUUACUCCUCUUCAAGUCAAUGCAGCAACACGCAGUAAAGGAGCGCACAGUCUUUUCAUAAAUCAUUUGUUUCUAUAGUUGUGCCUUAAAGGCUCACGGCACCAAGGUAACUGCAUAGAAUAAAUACCAAUGACAGAAACAAUAGCUGUAAGUAACAAUCGGCAGGUUCAUAUUUAGGUUACAUCCAACCAGGCUUGGUUUUGUGCAGUUUCUGUAUUACCUCAUUUCAAUAAAAAGCUAGAAGCUUUUGUCUAUAUUUUUCCUUUCAAUGAAGAUGUUUGUUUUGUUGUUUUUUUUCUUCUUCUCCGUACUGUGCAAUCUCAAUGAGGUCUCUAGAAGAGAGGUCCCAGCCUAAAACCUCAAGCUGUAGUUGAGGUUUUAGGCUGGGAGGUAGCAUUGUGGGAACAGCCUCUUUUUUACAAGUUUCUCCCUGAAACAUUGAGCUGCUCGGUUUGUUGUCAACAGGGACAGUCAUUUAGAUCCGGUCAAAUCAGUUCAUUGAACUAAAUAUUUAAGAACGGGAGUCAAGUCUUGACGUGUGGUUUGUUGCAUCUGAUCUUGCCACAAAGGGCUGUUAAACAUCAUAAAAUGUGUUGUAUUUUUUAUGAUCAUAAAGUCAUAAAAAUAAACCUCUAAACCAUGAAUACUUGGAAAAGUAAGGUUUACUAUUAGCUGAGGCACUGAUGUAAGGGAUGACGCGUGCAUUCUCAAUGUUAUAAUGUGUCGUAAGAGAUGGACCAUUAACCGUUAAGCUACUUAAAAGUUGCGUAUUAAAAUUUUUUUUUU